AUGAGCACUCGCAGUCUUCUUGAUAUUCUAAAACUGGAUAUCAAAGGAGACGUGAAUGGCCACCGACCACUCUCCAGCUGCAACUAUUUGCUUGUGACGAUAACUGUGAUUGCGAUGUUCACCCAGAUUGAGGCAGAGUUGAAGAAAAGAAGAAGUAAGCUUUGGGUGAGAGUGUAUGAAGACAGCAGGGGCAGUAACGAGGAGACGGAGACGGAGACGGAGCAGAGGUUGGAGUUGACGAUGUUAGUGCUUGGUGAAGGCGAGAAGGCUGAUGGAGAGAGGGAUGAGGAGGCUUUGGAGGUCGUAAGGAGAGUGUUUGAGAGUAUGAGGGCGGGGUUUGAGGAUUUUGUGUACUGGGGAGAACUGGAAGUUGGAAUGGGUGUGAACGAAAAGGAGAGGGAUUUUUAG